AUGCUGUUCAUGAAGCUAGCAACGGCUGAAGCCAAGAACGCUGCGGAGAAAGCGCACCAGACCACAGAGCCAGCACAAGGGAACACAAGGGCUUCGUGGAGAACACGCAGUGCAAGCCUCCUACAGCAGAACGGAGAAACACUGAGGGCUGUCACCUCACAGCCACCCAUGGUGACAGACUCAGAGUGGUUCGGUAUGAGCGCAGAGGAACAAUUGGCCUGGGCUAGGAGUUCUCAAGACCCUCGGAUUGCAGUAGGUUCCUAUUCCCCACUAGAAAAGAAAAUUAAGAGUUUAGGUGGCACCCAAUCUUCACGAGUGAGAAAACUGUUAGUCCAGGAGUUCCAACAGGAGAGUGAAACAGUUGAUAAACUUAAGACCAGGUCUUUUGACUUCCGGUUUGCUAAGGCAGAUUCCUACUACUAUCAGCAACAUAAGGAAAUGAUCAAAGAGGCAUGGAAUUAUAUACCAGAUUCAGAAUGGGCCAUUAACCCAGAGGAAGAGAAGAAGUCAAGAAGCAAAAUACCAGACAACACUAAAAAAUGGGACUAUCUAGUGUCUAAGAGGGAAAUGAAUCAUAUAGAAAAACACAUAAAGAGAGUCGAACGGGCAAGAGGCCUCAGGGACAACAAGUACAGACUACUACCUCAGAGAAUUCCAAGUGAAACCUUUUCCCCAAAACCACUAAUACCAGAAGAUGAAAAGAAUAAAACUAUCCAGAAAACACAUAAAACUGUACCCAAAAAGCCCAAAGUCGCAUGGGCAAAGGAACAGAUGAAGCGACAUAAAGACCGCAUGAUGCAAGCGAGGGAACUCACAGAGCAGAAGAACGAGCAAAGAAAGACUCAAAAAUUCACCAGCCGCAUCCGUCCACUCUUAAAACCCCAAGUGAAGGAGGAGGAAGAGAAAGAGCUUGAAAAGGUCACAGCGUACCCCAUCAUCCAGCCUUCCAAGGAAAAACUUAUCGAGGUGACUAUUCUGAUGGAAAAGUCGAAAGUGGAUAAAGUGCAAAAACCACGCCAAAGAGAGUUCUUGAGUAUGCCACCGUUUUUGAAAAGUCAACUUGCAAGGAAAAAAAAAGCUUAAGUUAUUUCCUUGAUUAUUGUAUUUCUUUCUAAUUGGCAUGAUUUAUAGUAAUUAGUACAAUAAGGUCAUAGAAAACAGACAUCAAAGGGGAAAACAGAAGCUCUAGACAUACGUACUUGAAAAAUCAUGGUGUUGAGGUUAGGGCUAAGGAGUAAAAAAGUUAAACGAGGACAGAAUGGCCCCUGAUGGCAUAGGAUGGGGGGAGGGGUGAUCUAUAAUAUUUUUUUGGUCAUGAUUGCAUGCCCCAUUGAUUUUAAGGCACUGAAUCAUACCCUAAUUGGAUGAGCUGGAUUGUGGGUGAACUCUCGGCAAAGCUGUUCCAACAAAAAGGGUUGCUAGUGUUUAGAGAAGGAAUCCUGAAAAUGGAGACAAAGGGCCAGAUGUCCUGCAAGGUUCUGAACAUCCUUAGAAGGUUUACGCUUUUAAAGGCCUGAAGGCAGAGCAGGGGAGAGGUCUCAGCAGUUACACAAGCCUGGUGACCUGAGUUCAGAUCCCCAGAACUCAUGUAAAGCCAGACAUGGCUGCACAUAUCUGUAAUCCCAGUACUCUUAUAGCAAAAUGGAAGGUGUACACAGUAAGUAGUACACAGUGCAGCAGCUAACAAAAAAGACACUGCCUUCAACAAGGUGGCAGGAGAGGACUGGGACCAAAGACCACCUUUUAACCACCAGAUGUGCACUAUGGCACAUAUGUGCUCUUAACACAUACACAUGCAUCAUAUACACACAUACACAAACGUAAAUAAAAUCUUGAAGGCAGCAAUAAUCACUAGGAAACGGCAAGUGGUUUGAACAGACAAAAUAAUGGCUAGUACACGGGUCUGGGCAGCAGCCUGAGCAAGACAGACAGAAAGACUAUAAGGUAGUGACUGGUUAAGGAUGGGGGAAGGGGAGGAGUUUCCAGAAUGAAAUUUCCUGUGAAAUACGGUAAAAAAAAGAGAUUGCUACAGAGAUUUUAAGACUUGAGAAAUAGUUUUAUUGUAUUUUUAAAUGACCAAUGACUUAACAUAGAUCUAGUCUUUUUAAGUGUAAACACAAAGUUUUGAGACUAUUCCCAAUAUAAAUGCAUUAUAGUAUAAAACAAAGGAGUA